AUGACCGACUCGGCGCUGUCGCCUCUGAGAACAGACGGACUAGGAGGAGGUGGCUUCGCCCUUGUUCGAUCGGCGAAUGGCAGCUAUGAGUCCGUCGACUUUCGAGAGACCGCGCCUGCCGCAGCUUUCCGAGAUAUGUAUAAGAACAAUGUCCUUGGAUCGGUCUUUGGUGGUUUAGCAAGUGGAGUCCCCGGCGAGAUCAAAGGCCUUCACUAUAUCCAUGAAAACCAUGGCUUCCUCCCCUGGUCUACGCUGGUUCAGCCGGCCAUCAAUCUUGCACGGGAUGGAUUCAUUGUCGGCAGAGACUUUGCAAAAGCGAUGGCACUUACCACUGCAUACUAUGGCUACGACUUCCUCAGCAAAGAGCCGACAUGGGCGGAAGACUUUGCUCCGAAUGGCACAAGAGUCGAGGCAGGAGAUGUUAUGACCCGCAAGCGCUAUGCACGUACAUUGGAGGCCAUCGCGGUAUCAGGACCAGAUGCCUUUUAUGAAGGCCAAUUGGCAGAGGCUACGAUCCGUGCGUUACAUGAAACCAAUGGAUCAAUGACCAUGGAAGACCUGGCAAAAUACAGAAUAAUAUCGAGGACGCCAGUACAGAUCGAAUACAAAGGCUUUCGUCUCCAUGGAUGCGGUGCACCUGCUUCAGGUGCAGUAGCUUUGAGCGUGAUGAAGGUCCUAGAGGGAUAUGAAGAUUUUGGACAGAGACACACGAUGAAUCUGAGCACCCACAGAUUGGAUGAAGCUAUAAGAUUUGGGUACGGAAAGAGAGCGAGCUUAGGAGAUCCGGACUUCGUGGAUGGUAUUACCGCCUACGAAGCCGGAAUGCUCGACCAGACUUCCGCCGAUGAAAUUAGGGCCAGAAUAUCCGACAGACACACGCUCAAUGUCUCAGAUUAUGAUCCGGAUGGCUUCGAGAGCCAUGAGAACCAUGGUACUUCCCAUGUUGCCACUGCGGACGCAUCUGGGAUGGCCAUCUCCAUGACCACCACUGUCAACCUCUUCUUUGGCUCUGGGGUAAUGGUACCAGAGACAGGAGUCAUAAUGAACGAUCAAAUGGCAGACUUCUCUGUUCCCAAUAUCUCCAACGUCUUUGGGUACUAUCCUUCUCCAGCCAACUAUGUCCGGCCGAACAAACGAUCAAUGUCAUCCAUCACACCCAUCAUGGCCGAAUCCGCCAAUGGCACUUUGUUUGCGAUCCUUGGCGCUUCAGGUGGAUCACGUAUCAUCACCACCGUCAUCCAAACUGCGCUCAAUAUCCUUGAGCGGAAGAUGACAGUGCAUCAAGCACUGAAGCAGCCACGACUGCAUGACCAACUACUACCCAAUCAAGUAACCUUCGAGUGGGAUUAUGACAACUCGACUAUAGAUUACAUGAUUGGAAGAAGUCAUAAUGUCACAUGGGGUCCUGCUGGGUCAUCGUCGCAGGCGAUCGGGAUCACCAACGGGCACUUUGAAGCAGCCGGUGAACCACGGCAGCAUGACUCUGCAGGCCUCACUGCUUGA